AUGACUAUUAGCCCCGCCUUCUCGCCCCCGCGUGACCUCAUCGGCGUCAAACGCCAGGGGGCGGUGUGCCUCGCAAGCGGACACCGGCCCCACGGCGUCCCCGGGGGGGGCGGCGGCGGCCGUCUGAUCGGCCGGGACGGCUCGAGCCGCCGGCGCUGGGCUCCGCGGGGUCCCCGCGCCGCGCUGCAGCGCCUCGGCGACCUGUGGACGUGGCUGCUGGAGCUGCGCUGGGGGCUGGUGCUGCUCGCGUUCGCCGCCAGCUUCACGCUCUCGUGGCUCCUGUUCGGCCUCGCCUGGUACGCGCUGGCGCUGCUGCACGGCGACCUGGGCCCCCCGCCCCCCUCGGGCGCCGUGUGCGUGCGGCGGCUCACGGGGCUGCUCGCCGCAUUCUCGUUCGCCCUGGAGACGCAGCUGACCGUGGGCUACGGGGCAAUGCACCCCGACCCCGAGGCGUGCCCCGCGGCCGCCGCGCUGCUGGGCACGCACAUGGUGCUGGGACUCAUGCUGGACGCGUUCAUGACCGGAGCGUUCGUGGCCAAGAUGGCGCGGCCCAAGCCGCACACGGGCACCAUCCGCUUCAGCGACGUGGCGGUGGUGUGUUGGGGGGGCCGCGGCGGGGAGCGACGCCGCCGCCGCCUCGCGUUCCGCGUCGCCAACCUGCGCCCGUCGGCGCUGCUGGACGUGGCCGUGUCGGCCGUGCUCUACCGCUCGCGGCCGGGCCGGCCUCUCCGCCAGAGCGCCGUCGACUUCUGGCCGGACCAGCUGGGGGCCCGGCCCUGGCCCUACUUCCUCUUCCCGCUGACCUUCCACCACGAGCUGGGCCCCGACAGCCCCCUGCUGCCACUGCUGCUGCGAGAGCCGAGGUGGCCGGACGAGCACGUGGAGCUCGCCGUGUUCCUGCAGGCCACCUGCGAGGGCUCGGGCACCGUCUGCCGUCAGAGGACCUCGUACCUGAGGUCGGAGGUCCUGGCCGGUCGGCUGUUUGCGCCGAUCGACGUCGAUGUGGAGCGCGGCGUCGUGGACCUGUCUUUGUUCGACGUGACGGUGGCGGAGGUGGAGAGUGGUGUGUAGUGGAUGCUCGCGGAGUCUCGGCGACGACACGAGUCGACGCGGUAUAAAGGGGGACUGGCACCGCUUGAUCCGGCUACGAAUCCAAUCGCCUCCGCCAUCGCCAUCAUCGGUGCGAGGAGUCGCCUCUCAUCGUUGACAAGGCAGCUUCGCUACUGCGCGCAGAAUAGCAGCACGUGGCACAGUGAAAUCACUCGGGGAUGUUAAGAGCAAAGUUCAAAAUUACUCCAGCGGUUGUCUGCUAAUGAACUGGCCCAAAGCGAAGCACUAACUGCGUACAAGUGGCAUUUGCUGUGUACCUUGUGUGUUGCUUAAAUGAAUGUGAUCUGUAGGUUUCGUCGCGACUGACCGAGUGCCCACGUGCGAUCGUGGCACCUGUGGCUCGCCCUGAAAUGCAAUUAAAGUCUCGAGUGUUGUCCAGUCCAACCUUGCUGCUUCCUCGCGUCGUGCAGAGCCACCUUGCUGCCAAUCCACUCUCGAGCGGGGGAUCUUCAGCCACAUUUUCCAGAGCCACGUAAAAGAAAGCUGACAUGUGCUGGCGGGUCAUGUAACAUGUGUGUGCUUGUGACCACUAAUCUGUAUGUCUAUAGCUCUCCAAACUCUACCGCUUAUUCAUCUCUCAUCUCACUGGCCUGUGUCUUGUCUCCAGGUCUCUCAUCUCACUAAUCUACCACUUCAUGUUUUGGUGGACAGGGUCCUUUUGUUGAUGGCACACGAGCCAUCAACAAACUAUACACUACACUAUACACUACACUAUACACUACAAUACACUACUAUACAUUACCAUACAUUACUAUACACUACACUAUACACUACU